CGUGAACUGUCCAAUAUUUCAUUUCUUAAAUUGAGAUCUCAAAAGUUUCAUCAUUUUCAAGUUAUUACAAUCCAAUAAAGCCAGUCAUGUCAAUUUUACCUAUUCUAAGGCGGAUAUUUUCUCCAAAUCUGUUAUGUCGAAGACCAAGUAUAUUAUUAUCCUUCUGUUCAAAUGAAUUAUUCUUGACCAUUUACUUCACCUAUAACAGUAUUAUAUCACUCUCAGUUAUUAUUAUUUUUCAUUAUUAUUAUAUAUAAUAUUGUCAUAUUUUGCACGGAUUUUACAGACCCGUAUAUUAAUAAUAAAUGCAUAAAUAAAUAAAUUUUGCAUUAAAAUCUGCACUCUGAUUCUCAUGCAUAAAAAGCAAUCUAGUGAUUAGGCUAGGUGUGGGGCAUCUGCACGAGAAUUCGAGACCGAAAUAGAGGGGCCGGCUUUGUCUAAAAUUAUUCGAUCGGGUAGGAAUAGGAAGACUGCAACCGUCUUUCCUUGUACAUAUUUCCCAGUAGUACCGGUUGCACUGUCGUGCAGCAUUGCUCGUCGAUGAGAAUCGCGAGAUGAAUCUUCGAGACAUGGAAGAAACCGAAGGAUUUUACAGAACUCUGUGUUCAUUGGAAACUUUGAGGUCCGGUGCCAAGGGAUUUUUUCACGAUUUCAGUGAGAGUGCCAGGCAGGCGGCCGGUGAACAGUGGCUCACGAAGGUGUUCGGUCGCUUGAUCAAUGACGAGCAACGAAUUCGUACAAUCUUCACGGAUACGAAAGUCGCCGGUACCGUGUUGGAAACAUUGAACCGAACGGAAGUCUUGUAUCGUGGCAAGGAUGCGACUGCUUCAAGAGCGAGAAGGCUCGAGGGGUUCCAGGCUGCGGCCGCUGGCGAACGCCGCAAGGCUUUACUUCUUUUCAGUCAGGCCGUGCUUCGCGCUCCUCUUCCAGGCAAAUGCAAAAAUAUUGACAAAGGCUUCAGUCUUACUCUCGCGUUUCUUGCGAGAGCUGAAAUCUUUCUCGCACUGAACGAGCACACACUCGCUCUCGAGGACUUGAGCUUCGCCGAGGAAACGGAUCUGACUCUGCCAGAUGCAUUAAGGGUAGAACUCGCUCGGUUGAAGGAGGCGUGCGAGAAGUCGCGAGCGAACGAGAAGAGCCUGGUUCCCUUGCCUGAAAGGAGAGCAGCCGGAAGCGAGAACAAACGACUCAGCGGUGGCGAGAAUCCCCAGCUACCUUCGGCCUCGGCUCUGUUGAAAAUUGAAGAAACGGAGACUGCGGGAAAACGUGCGAUCGCGGCCGAUUGCAUCGAUCCCGGUGAUCGAUUAGUCGUCGAGCCACCUUACGCUGCCACUCUGUUACCUGAGUUUUUCGGUACUCAUUGCCACCACUGUUUCGAUAGAUUCAAAGCUCCAGUAGGCUGCCCCGAUUGCAGCAGCGUUGCAUUUUGCAAUAGAAAAUGCAGAGACACAGCUGUGGCCAGUUAUCACAAAUACGAGUGCAAGAUUCUGGCUCUGCUCAUAGGCUCGGGAAUGAGCGUUUUAAGCAUGCUUGCAUUGCGUAUGGCAACGCAAUGUCAAGUGGACAAGUGCUUGAAGAUCAGCAAUGCGUUAAAUCCGUGCAAAGCGUUGAAGAACGAGGAUCAAAGCUUGUGCCAAUCGAAGCUGAGCAAAUCGGCGAAACGUCGCUCGAGAAAGAAGAAAUUGCAAGAAUCGAGGCGCGAGCAAGAUCAGAAUGAGAAGGUGGAAGAAGAUGAAAUCGAUAUGAAAGUGUAUGAUCUCGUUUCGCACGAGAAACGAAGAACGGCUGCCGAUUUUUUUGAGAGGUCCCUGAUGGCAGCGUUCCUCCUCAAGUGUUUGCAAAGGGUCGGUUUCUUCGAGUCACCGACGAGAGACGACGAAAUCCCAAACGAAGAGGAGAUCGCGAUAGGGGGUCUAUUGUUGAGGCAUCUUCAGUUAUUACAGUUCAACGCUCACGAGGUGUUUGAGACGCGAUUCGGAGCAGAGCAUCGUUUUCGUGGCAGCAGACCCAAUUACAUCGGCGUGGCUAUCUACCCUACGGUUGCUCGCUUCAAUCACGAUUGCUAUCCAGCGGUUACCAGGUAUUUUAUCGGUCGGAGUAUCGUUAUCCGAGCGACUCGCAGCCUGCAACCGGGAGACGUGGUCGCUGAGAACUAUGGGCCGAUAUUUACAAAGCGAAGUUUGGAAGAGCGGAGAAAAACUUUGACGGGAAGGUAUUGGUUUUACUGCGAGUGCAAGGCGUGUCGCGAGAACUGGCCUCGUUUCGAGGCCCUGACCAACGACCACGUUAGACUCAGAUGUCCAACCGAAGGGUGUUCGAAGUUUCACCGGAAGCCACGGGAUCCUAACAAGCCCAUUGAGUGUCCGUCCUGCAGGCGGAAAGUGGAGUUACGAGAUCCGGUGGAGCGUGUUCGUGAAUGCGAAGAGUCGUACGCACGCGGUUUCGCCGCUAUGGAGGAAGAGAAGCCUGAAAAGGCCCUGGAGAUAUUUUUUGAAGCUUUGAAACGUUUCCAUAGCGUCGCGGUGCCGCCUCAUAAAGACACUCAUUUAGCCGAGAUCGCGGCGAGUGCCUGCAUGGCUGACGAAGGAAACGUCUAUCGCAUCGAAUCGCUUUGAGGUUCUCAAAUGUUUCAUGGGCUCAAAGUUUUAGCGUAAAAACUGUAUCGAUCUUCUAUCUCUCUCUAUUUAUUAUCUUGUCGUUACUUUUUACUUACAGGUUUCCUUUCCUGAAUAAAUUCAGUUAAACGAAGUGAACUAAAUUAAGAGAACCCAGAAAUGCGAGUGGGCGAAGGAGGA